AUGGCGGCGACGACUCUAGACCCAAAGCUCUCCGAGCUAUUCAAGAAAGUUGAGGCAGACGUGAGCGCUACGGAGAUCGGAGCAGAGCGAUGGUAUGUGGUAGCAGUGUCCUGUAUCGUCGCUGGACCAGACCCCGAAGCAGCAGCGCAACUCUAUCUCUACCUAUGCGCCCAACCUCAAUACAGCACUCCCGAUGCUCGAAAAGCCCUCGUAAUGCGCUUGCGCGAGGCCCUCAUCAAGGCCAUCUCUAUUGUCGGCGUUUGUAAACCAAUUGAGGCGAUCCUGGCCAUCAAUGCCAUCGAGCGACCAGAAGACAAAGACUACUCGUCCACACGCGAGGACUGGCAGUGCGACGAGGCAAACCUCGAGAGGGCCAUGGAGUGGUACCGCAAGAUCUACACAAGAAAUGCAGCAGACACUAUAGGGCUGUUUGAUUCGCACAAGGACUUCGCGUGGGUGUCGAAGCACAUCACAUACGGCUUGUAUCUUGGCGACCGGCAGACCCUCGAUGACUGGGAUACGGAGAUGGUUGUCUUCCCCGCGAUCAUGGCUCAGAACCUGCGAACGGAGACUUGGUGGCACAUUCGGGGGACCCGAAGAAUCGGCGUGUCCAACAAGGACACAAAGGUCCUGUGGGAUACGAUCCAGACGAUCAUGGGGUUUUACGGUGUCAAGUUGAACAAGGUUCCCACCGUCGAUGAAGUCGAACAUGAUGUCUAG